AUGGUUAGGGAUAAUCAAGGUACAAUCAUUAGUAGGCAACUUGUUUGCAACAAAGAGGGUUGGAGGAAUAUGAGGUAUCUUGAUCUGGAUGAUAGAUCAAGGGAGGCAAGGUCACUAACGCGAACCAAGUGUCCAGCUCAGCUUAGGGUAAAGCUUGACUACGGCUGCGGUAGAUGGAAGGUAUCAUAUUUUGUGGAAUCUCACAACCACGAUCUGACGCCACCCCAAUUUGCGCAUCUGGUUCUGGCCAAUCGUCGUCUCACUGUCACUGAUAAAGUCCAAGUGGAAAAUCUUCAUAAUUUUGGUGUCAAGACCUGCCAUAUUAUGGGGUAUAUUGCGUUCCAGAAGGGUGGAUAUCGUCAUGCUGGCUUCACACGCAAAGAUUUGUACAACUACAUUGAUUGUUAUCAUCGGUCAAAGGUUAAAAACGGAGAUGCCAAUGCGGCAAUAAACUAUUUGAUUGGCAAGUCAAACAACGAUCCGUUGUUUUUUGGAAAGUAUACGUUCACUAGUGACGAAAGGCUCGAGCAUAUUUUUUGGGCAGAUGGGCAGUCAUUUAUCGACUAUCACUGCUUUGGAGAUAUUGUUGCCUUUGAUUCAACCUCCAAGAAGAAUAAAUACAACAAGCCUUUGGUCAUUUUCUCCGGAUGCAAUCAUCACGGGCAGACUGUUAUCUUCGGCUCCGACCUACUAUCCGACAAAACCACAGAGACGUAUAAGUGGUUGUUGGAAACCAUUGUUGAAGCGAUGGGUGGGAAAAGUCCUAAAGCAGUAAUAACUGACGGAGACCUUGCCAUGCGAGAUGCAGUCAAGAAUGUUCUUCCUGAUGCGGCCCAUCGGUUAUGCGGAUGGCAUCCGCAGAGAAAUGCAUGUGAAAAUAUAAAGAAUUCUAAUCUUCUGCACGAUUUUAAGGGUCUUAUAUACGACAACAACGACCACAGAGACUUCGAUCGGAGAUGGGCAGCCAUUUUGGAUAAGCACAACCUUGUUGGGAGUACCUGGAUGGAAAAGACGUACGAAACUCAUUCGAUGUGGUCUCAUUGUUUCCUCUGGGAUAAGUUUUUUGGUUACAUAAGGACGACAUCACAGUGA